AUGGCGCCCACGGCCUCGGAGUUAGGAUACCUAGCCCGCCGCGCCGUCGUCACCGCCGGCCCUGUCGUCGCGCGCCACUACCUCGAGCAACGCGACCUCACCGUUCGCGGAGCGCAGGGCGUGACGUUGGGCGUGAUUGCGGCAUAUGUGGUGGGCAUAGCGAUUCUGUGGAAUGUGCCGUAUCUGAAGUAUAUUCUAUGGCCGUUUAAGGUACGCUCUCGCGUCCAACAGCCUUAUCCAGCGAAUGGCACUGACGGACUCAAUCAGAUGCUAGUGAUAGCAUUUCACGAGUUCGGGCACGCGAGCACGGCAUGCUGCACCGGCGGCCGCGUCGAGUCCAUAUCACUUGAUCCGCACGAAGGCGGCGUCACGCACAUGAGAGGAGGCGUGAGCGCCAUUACCCUUCCUACUGGCUACCUGGGCUCCUCGCUCAUAGGCGCCUUGCUCACGUUCUGCGGCUUCAACACGGUGGCGAGUAAAGUCGCCAGCAUUGUCUUGGGAGUCUGCUUCUUACUCGUGCUAUGGUGGGGCAAGAAAGACUGGCUAACCAUCCUCACCAUCCUCAUCGCCGUCGGCAUCAUCAUCGGCUUCUGGUUCGUCCCCGAAGCCCUACGCUUCUACGUCCUCUUCAUCGGCGUCAUGUCAUCCCUCUACAGCGUCUGGGACAUCUGCGACGACCUCGUCUUACGAAAAGUCAACUCUUCCGAUGCCAGCCAGUUCGCCAAGCGAUAUGGGGGCUCGUCGCAGUGCUGGGGCAUUAUCUGGAGUCUGAUCAGCUGUACGAUCAUGGCGGCGGGCAUUGUGGCGGGGAUUGCGGCGUUUCCGCAGACGUCGGCGCAGCAGGAGAACGACUCGGAUGGGUUUAUACCUACCGGGCAGAGGUUUUGA